AUGGUGAUAAAUUCAUCUUUGACUGUCUUGGUACUCGCCCUUGUUGCUAGUGUUAGCUGCCAUCCGAAGAUCACAGGGCGUAUCGUAAAUGGUACCAUCACUGAUAUAGAGAGAUUUCCAUUUGCCGUAUCCAUACGUCGUCCUGACGGAACUCAUUUGUGCGGUUCAAGUAUAAUAGCUCCAAGUUGGCUUUUAACCGCUGCUCAUUGUGCUAAGGGACGCACUGCCAGUGAAACGAAAGUGCAAUAUGGCACCGCUACUAUCGGUGUACAGGGUGAAAAUAUUGCCCAAGUGAAACGCAUUAUCAUUCACGAGCAAUACAAUCCAUCGAAAAAUUUUCUUAAUGACAUCGCCUUGUUGGAAUUGGAAGAGGCUUUGGUGUACAACUAUAAGAACAUAGCUCCAGUUACUUUGCCAAAGCCCAGAUUUGAAAUUCAUCAAGUGCCUAAGGGUGCUCCAGGUGUUUUGAUUGGCUGGGGUUAUAAUGGGACUCAUGAAGAGACACAAGACACUUUGCAUUCGGUCGAUUUGAAGAUCUAUUCCGAUAACGAAUGUUCCCGCAGGCACGAAAAACGCACUACUUCCCAUCAAAUUUGUGCCGGUGUUGAUGAAGGAUGGAAAGGACAAUGUGGCGGAGAUUCUGGUGGGCCAUUACUGUACAGUGGAUCCAUUCAAGUCGGCAUAGUCUCAUGGAGUACAAGACCCUGCACAUUGCCUCCUUUCCCCGGUGUCUUUACCAAGACCUGUUCCGAUAACCGCAAUCGCAAGACUUUUUGCAAAUUCAACUUUAAUUUUUGUUCCGGUAAUAUUUAUUUCUUCACCAUUACCAACGAUUAA